GGAAAGGUCCUUCUACAGCUGAACUGCCAAAAUCGGGGAGGCAACAGUAACUUUCUUCUUCAGCAUUUAAUUCUGAAAAGCAAGCUUGCAAUGUCACUGAAGUGGAAACUCCGAACCAAUCCUAAAAAGCCAAAAAAAAAAGGGAAUCGGAUAAACAUUUACUAUUCGCCUGAGCUGAAGCUGCUGAGAUGGUAAUUAUGCCUGGCUUUUUUGUUGGUGUUUACUUGUUAGUUCAUCUGCUAAUCAAUUCCUGAAAAGCAUGGCUGUUUUUAUUAUGCAGUUUGUCCUGUCUAGGGAAAGAGAGUAGAAGCCAGAGAAAGUAUUUUUACUCAUGUUUUUAGUGAAAAGGUUAGUUUGUGAAAAGUAAAAAUGCUCCCAGGCUGCAAGAGCACUUGGUUCUAUGUGUCAUCGACCGAGUUUCUAUAGCUACAUUUUUGAAGACUAUCCCUUAUUAUUUUUGCAGUUUAAGUGUGAAAUAAAUUGAAGGGUUGAAUUAAAAUAUUACUUCCCCUGUUUCGUUCAGGACUGUCAGCUGUAUAGCACUUAAACGGGGAGCUUUUUCAGCAGAACAUGCAUCCGGGAGAAAAAGCAAUUUUCCAAGAAUAUCUGACAAAUCAGGGGACUGUGGUAAAGCCCUAUAGCUGGCAGAGGCAGAACCACACCUGCACUAAGUGUCCCUACCACAUACGGACUGGGGAAGAAGCGAGAGUCCCUUACGCGGAAUCUGACAGGGUCUUUGGCUUCCCAUACAGAUCAACAGCAACUCUCCAAAACAAACACCUUCUCUUCUACGAACUGAGGAGUUUCUCAGGCAGAGUAGUCCAAAAAGGCCACGCUACAAACUGUACUGACCAAGGCAAGCAUCCAGAAUCUAUGCUCUUUGAGGUGGGCGGGUAUCUGGAUGCACUGACAGAUGCCCAUGGAAACAUCGGAUGCAUCAUCCUCUAUUCAAAUUACUCUCCCUGUAACGAGGCUUAGCACUGCUGCGUAAGUAAAAUCUACAACUUCUUGCAGAAGUAUCCAGAAAUCACGCUCUGCAGCUAUUUCUCUCAGCUUUAUCACACAGAGGUGGGUGGUUUCCCCACCGCCGCGGGGAACCGCGACGCUUUGCGCAGCCUCUCCAGCCGGUGGCCUGGGGCGGCUCUGCAGAGACUGCCUGCGGGGGCACGGCGUUACCUCCUCUGCGAUUUUGUGUGUGGCACCCCAGGGACAAGCCUUUGUCAGCCAGCUCCACUGCUGAGAACCUUAGCAGAUCGACAAAAUCCACGUCCAAUGCACAGCUUAACGGGAACGAGACCGUAUUUUAGGAAAGCCUCUCCACCAGCGACGCAGGGAAGCCCUGCUGUGCCGCAGAACUUAAAGGCCUUUUCUUCUCCUAGCCCGGCCUCCCAACAGCCUUUCCAAGAGGUGAAAGGCAGUCUGCUCCCUCCCGAUGUCUCAAAGCCACUUGGUGCUUUUCCCAGGCAUGUUUCUGCCCUUUCAGGGGGAACAUCUAUAUCCCAGGCCUAAAAAUAUCGUAAGGCAUUUAAAAAUGCCAAAGGAAUAAUUCAGUGAAACUCGCAAUUCUGAAAUGCUUCCAAGCGGCAGACACUUACUCUAAAGAGGAUACAAAUCGAACCGCUUUCAGGCUGUAAAACUGAGAUCACAGAUGGUAAAAAAAAAAAAAAAAAAAAAAAAUUAAAAAUAAAAAAAUUAA